GCUGAGCAAUGCACGGAGUAGACUUGUAGCCGACUUACAUCAUCUUCACCAUGAAAACAGUCACAGUGCCCAUGCUUCUGACCCUGGCUCUUUGCCUCAUUCAAGAUGCUGCCAGCGAGGAUGAAAAUCAGGAAACAUGCAGUAAAUUUCGAGUCUUGAUGAAAAAUGGAAAGUUGCUCUGUCCCCAAGAUGAAAAACUUUUUCAAACCCCUGAUUGGAUAACAUUCAUCAACAAAUGUGUCAAGUGCAAAAUGAUAUUGGAAAAAGAAACAAUACCUCAGAGAAAGGCCAGGCAUUUAACAAGAACCACCAGGGCCACAACUCCAGCAGAGCUGCAUUGCGAUGAUUUCAGGAAAGAAGAAAGAGAUGGAGGUUAUGUCUGUACUGAUGGUGAUCCAGCUGUUUGUGGCACAGACGGGAAAACUUACAGCAACAGAUGUGAGCUGUGUGCUGAGAAUGAGAAAACCAGUUCCCAAGUUGGCAUAAAGAGUGAAGGGCAAUGUGAGAGCAGUAAUCCAGUUCAGGAUGUAUGCAGUGCUUUUCGGGCCUAUGUGAAGGAUGGACGACUUGGAUGCACAAGGGAAAACGAUCCAGUUCUGGGUCCUGAUGGGAGGACACAUGGCAAUAAGUGUGCCAUGUGUGCAGAGCUCUUUUUAAAGGAAGCUGAAGAAAAUGCCAAGCGAGAAGGUGAAGCCAGAAUUCGACGAGAUGCAGAAAAGGAUCUUUGCAAGGAAUAUGAGAAGCAAGUGAGGAAUGGAAGACUUUUUUGCACACGGGAGAGUGACCCAAUCCGUGGCCCUGAUGGCAAGAUGCAUGGCAACAAAUGUGCCCUGUGUGCUGAAAUUUUCAAGCGACAUUUUACAGAAGAAAAGAACAAAGCAGAUAAAACACGGAGAGAAGCUGAAGAUAAGGUUAAAGUUAAAAGAGAAGUAGAGAAACUCUGCAGUGAAUUUCAAGAUCGUGCAAAAAAGGGGAUACUUUCCUGCACCAGAGAAAAUGACCCUGUUCGUGGCCCAGAUGGGAAAAUGCAUGGCAACUUGUGUUCCAUGUGCCAAGCCUUCUUCAAAGCAGAAGCCAAAGAAAAGAAAAAGGUUGAAGCACAAGUAAGAAAUAAAAGAGAAGCUGGAAAAACAACCUCAUAUGACGAGCUUUGCAGUGAAUACCGGAACUUGUUGAGGAACGGAAAGCUCCCUUGCACCAGAGAGAAUGACCCCAUCCAGGGCCCAGAUGGGAAAACGCACCGCAACACCUGCUCCAUGUGCGAGGCUUUCUUCCAAGCAGAGGAAGAAAAGAAAAAGAAGGAAAAUGAAUCAAGAAAUAAAAGACAAUCUGAGAAUACAACCUCCUUUGAGGAGUUGUGUAAUGAAUACCGUAAGUCCUGGAAGAAUGGUCAGCUUCUUUGCACCAGAGAGAAUGACCCCAUCCAGGGCCCAGAUGGGAAAAUGUAUGGCAACACCUGCUCCAUGUGCCAGGCUUUCUUUAAACAACAAGAAAGAGCAAGAGCAAAGGCUAAAAGAGAAACUGCAAAGGAAAUGUGCAGUGAAUUUCGGGACCAAAUGUGGGGUGGAAUGCUCAUAUGCACCAGGGAGAAUGAUCCUGUCCGUGGCCCAGAUGGCAAAAUGUAUGGAAACAUGUGUACCAUGUGUGCCAGUGUGUUCAAACUGGAAGAAGAAGAGAAGAAAAAUGGUAACAAAGAAGAAAAGGAAAAAGUCGACAUUGAUAAAGUUAAGAGAGCAGCUGUGCAGGAGCUGUGCAGUGAAUACCGCAACUAUAUGAGAAAUGGACGGCUGCCCUGCACCAGAGAGAAUGACCCUAUUGAGGGCCUGGAUGGCAAAAUCCACGGCAAUACCUGCUCCAUGUGUGAGGCCUUUUUCCAGCAAGAAGCCAAAGAAAAAGAAGCCAAAGCCAGAGCAAAAGCUAAAAGAGAAGCCAGCAAGGAUGAAUGCAUUGAAUUUAGAAGCCUUUUGCAAAAUGGGAAACUUUUCUGCACAAGAGAAAAUGAUCCUGUGCGUGGCCCAGAUGGCAAGACCCAUGGCAACAAGUGUGCCAUGUGUAAGGCAGUCUUCCAGAAAGAAGAUGAAGAAAGAAAGAAGAAAGAAGAGGACAAUCAGAGAAAUUCUGCAGGACGUGAUUCCAGUGGUGGUGGAGGAGGGAAAGAUGAGGAUCCUUGUGCUGAGUAUCGGGAAAACAUGAAAAAUGGAAAACUCAGUUGUACUCGAGAGAGUGAUCCUGUGCGUGAUGCUGAUGGCAAAUCGUACAACAACAAGUGUACCAUGUGCAAAGAAAAACUGCAAAGGGAAGCAGAGGAAAAAAAUAAAGAUUCUAACUUCAGAUCAAAUGGGACCGGGUCAGGAUCAGGAAAGGAUGUAUGUGAUGAGUACAGAAGCCAAAUGAAAAAUGGAAAGCUUCUCUGCACACGAGAAAGUGAUCCGAUGCGGGGUCCAGAUGGCAAGACACAUGGCAAUAAAUGUGCUAUGUGUAAGGAAAGGCUGGAAAGAGAAGCAGCUGAAAAAAAAAAGAAAGAGGAUGAUGACAAGAAAAAUGCAGGAGAAAAGAACAAUGACAAGCAUGAUGAGUGUCAUGAAUUCCGGAGCCAGCAGAGAGACUUGGGAAAACUUGUCUGCACCAGAGAAAAUAACCCUGUUCGAGGCCCUGAUGGCAAGAUGCAUGUCAACAAGUGUGCUAUGUGUCAGAGCAUAUUUGAGCGAGAAGCUAAUGAAAGAAAAAACAAUGAAGAAAAGCCAACUUCCAAGUCCUCAAAUGAUGCAGAGGACCAGUGCAGAGAGGUUCCGAAUGAAGCAGAGGAAGCCAAGUUUAGACAGUCGGAGAGUUCCUUGACCACAAGUGGCAGAAUAAGUGCAGACGAAUGUAGUGACUUUCGAAACUACUUAAGGAACAAUGAACUCAUCUGCACUCGAGAGAAUGACCCUGUGCGUGGUGCUGAUGGAAAAUUUUAUAAAAACAGGUGCUACAAGUGCAGAGCUACCUUUCAAAGAGAAGCUUUGGAAAGGGCAAAACUUCAAGAAAAGCUGUCCCACAUUCAAGCUUCUGAGGAGAAAGACAGCCUAGAUCCCAUCAGUUCUCUGGAUUCUGAGAUGUGCAAACACUACCGAGUAUUGCCCAGGAUAGGUUAUCUUUGCCCAAAGGAUUUACAACCUGUCUGUGGAGAUGAUGGCCAGACGUACAACAAUCCCUGCAUGCUUUGUCAUGAAAACCUGAUACGCCAAGCUAACACACACAUCCGUAGUAAAGGGAGAUGUGAGGAGGGCAGUGACCCAGGAGCCACACCUGUCAGGCUGCCUGCAUCUGACAAAUGAUGUGAGGACUGGUGAAAGCCACAUUGGAGAAAGAUCCCCUCGUUCUGAAUCACCUCUCUUCACUUUCUGUAUAUACAAGGAAUUCUUCAAAAGCUCAUCUUAUUUACUAUAGAAGAUAACACAGUGCUGUUGGGAAUGGACUCACUGAUUUUCAGUCUUUUCCAUCUCUUUCCUCCUAGACUCUGUGAUCCGAGGUUACAUAGACAUCUCCACCCAGUCUUUUCUCUGGAAAUCUCCUGAUCACAAUGCUGUCUGUCCAACUGCCUGUUUAAUAAAAGUAGACU